AUGUCUGAUUCAUCUAAUAUUAUACCAAAUUUAGUAUCUUUUUGCGCAUUUGAUGGAAUCCCUCCACAAAAAGAAGGUGAAGAUCCUAUAGUAUUUUGGUACUAUCCAAAAGAAACUCCAAUCAAUGAUCAAUUAAAUAUGGUAGGUCUUUAUUUAACAUUUCUUGGAUAUACACGUGAUUUCAGAUCAUCUAAGGAUUGUGAAUACUUUAUAACAGAUAAAACUGUCUGUUGCUUUGCUCAUUUGGGCGCUCAGUUAUGGAUUGCGGCUACAUUCUCAGUUACAGAUAAAAUGACACCACAAAUUUACGUUCAACAGCUUAAUAUCUUCAAAUCAAUAUUCGGAAUUAUCUUUCCUCCACCUUCACGCGAUCCAGAAACAAAUCUUUUAGAAAAGAAUAGUGAUUUCGCAGAUACAUUCAUGGAUUUACUCCAUAUCUUCGCACAAAGACCUACAUUAAAACGUCUCAAGCCUUCUCUUGAACUCUGGAACGCUUGUGAAGAAGCAUUAGCCAUUUCAAAGUACUCCAUGCCAAAUAUUAGAAGUGCAUCAUUUAUCUACAAGGAUAGACUUGUACAUACAAGCAUGCAUCCAAACGAUGCUCUUGCUUUUUAUGUUGCAUUUCGUUCAAAUGUACAAAGACUAUUCUGUUUCAAGCCAGAAUUCGAACAAGAUACAUUCCAAUGGCUUACAGGUCUCGUAAAGAUGCAAAGCCAGACUCAUUUCUUCAUGCCUCCUGUUACAAUCUACGAAGGUCUCGUUCUUCCAGCUAUUGUUAGAUAUAACGAGCUUGUCGUGUUUAUAGCUCUUCUUAUGCCAAAGGAAAUGACAAAAGAAUCACUAAAACCGCUUGAAGAUUCAUUAAAAGAAUUAUUGCCAAAUAUUUGCAAGUUAUGCAAGAAGACAAUUGAUACAGAACAAAGAGAUAACGUUAUUGCAUACAGAAACGACGGAACAGUUGAAAUUACUUCACCUAUGACACCAACUUCGGGAAUUAUCGCUGACGAUAAGGCCACCGACCAUUUGGUCGAACUUAUCGGCAAGAACGAAUCUGAUUUUUCAAGAUUCGUUGCUCAUAUUGAAAAUGAUCGUUGGCUCUUCAUGGAAAAGGAUGGACCAUCAACAACAAUCAUUGAUGAAAAGCAGCCAACACUUCCUGAUGCUGUUUCUAAUGCAAUUACUUAUAUUAGAUUAAAUAAUUUGAGCUGA